CAGUUCAGGCGGGAGCCGGAAGCCCAGCGCGGGACCAGUUGCGCCGUGGCCCCCUGUUGUGCCGCGGCGGAGAGGCUCAGUCAUGCAGGAAAACCUCAGAUUUGCUUCAUCAGGAGAUGAUAUUAAAAUAUGGGAUGCUUCAUCUAUGACAUUGGUGGAUAACUUCAACCCUCACACGGCACCACAUGGAAUCAGUUCAAUGUGUUGGAGCAGCAAUAAUAACUUUCUAGUGACAGCAUCUUCUGGUGGUGACAAAAUAGUUGUUUCAAGUUGCAAAUGUAAACCUGUUCCACUUUUGGAACUUGCUGAAGGGCAAAAGCAGACAUGUGUUGAUUUAAAUUCUUCAUCUAUGUAUUUGGUAAGCGGAGGCCUAAAUAGCACUGUUAAUAUUUGGGAUUUAAAAUCUAAAAGAAUUCAUCGAUCUCUUAAGGAUCAUAAAGAUGAAGUAACUUGUGUAACAUACAAUUGGAAUGAUUGCUACAUUGCUUCUGGAUCUCUAAGUGGCGAAAUUAUUUUGCACAGUGUAACCACUAACAUAUCUAGUACUCCUUUUGGCCAUGGUAGUAACCAGUCUGUUCGGCACUUGAAGUACUCCUUAUUUAAGAAAUCAUUACUGGGCAGUGUUUCAGAUAAUGGAAUAGUAACUCUCUGGGAUGUGAAUAGUCAGAGUUCACACCAUAAUUUCGAUAGCACACAUAAAGCUCCAGCUUCCGGCAUCUGUUUCUCUCCUGUCAAUGAAUUGCUGUUUGUAACCAUAGGCUUGGAUAAAAGGAUCAUCCUCUAUGACACCUCAAGUAAGAAGCUAGUGAAAACUUUGGUGGCUGAGGCUCCUCUUACUGCAGUAGAUUUCAUGCCUGAUGGAGCCACUUUGGCUAUUGGAUCUUCCCGUGGGAAAAUAUAUCAGUAUGAUUUAAGGAUGCUAAAAUCCCCAGUGAAAACCAUCAAUGCUCACAAAACAUCUGUGCAGUGUAUAGCGUUUCAGUACUCCACUACUCUUACUAAGUCCAGUUCAAAUAAAGGCUGUUCAAAUAAGGCCACAGCAGUGAACAAGCGAACCAUCAAUGUGAGCACUGGCGGAGGGGUUCAGAACUCUGGAAUUGUCAGAGAAGCAGCCACUGUGUCUGUUGCCACAGUUCCGCCACAGCCUGUGGCACCAGUUGUGGGGAAAGGAGCAAGUGCCAUUCAGAGCAAAGCAGGUUUGUCACGAAGCAUAAACACUGAAAUUUUACCUAAGGAAACAGAUGGUGGAAAAAGUCAGGACUUCUCUAGCUUUGAAGAUACUAGCAAGAGUAGUUUAGGUGACAUGUUCUCACCUAUCAGAGAUGAUGCUGUAGUUAACAAGGGAAGUGAUGAAUCUGUAGGCAAAGGAGAAGGACUUGAUUUUCUACCACAAUUAAAUCCAGUGUUUCCUCCAAGAAAAACUCCGGUCACUUCAGGCACUUUGGCAUUACACUCUAGUCCUCUUAAUGUUUUUAUGGGAUCACCAGGGAAAGAAGAAAAUGAAAAUCAUGAUUUGACAGCUGAUCCUAAGAAGACAUAUCUGGGAAAACCAGAACCUAAAGACUCCUUCAAACAGUUUGCCAGAUUGAUCUCCUCUGGUGCUGAACCUGGAAAUAUAAAUACCUCUCUAUCAACUAACCAAACAAGAAAUCUUGAGAAAUUUGAAAAGCCAGAGAAAGACAUUGAAACCCAAUUAAUAUAUGAACCCCCAGUCAAUGGCUCCUCUACUCCAGACCCAAAGAUAGCAUCUUCUGUCACUGCCGGAGUUGCCAGUUCACUCUCGGAAAAAAUAGUGGAUACCAUUGGAAACAAUCGGUCAAAUGCUCCGCUGACAUCUGUACAAAUCCGUUUUAUUCAGAACAUGAUACAAGAAACCUUGGAUGACUUUAGAGAAGCAUGCCAUAGGGAUAUUAUGAAUUUGCAAGUGGAGAUGAUUAAACAGUUUCAUAUGCAGAUGAAUGAAAUGCACUCCUUGCUGGAAAGAUAUUCAGUGAAUGAAGGUUUAGUGGCUGAAAUUGAAAAAUUACGAGAAGAAAACAGAAGGCUGCGGGCCCACUUUUGAAAAUUCAUGAAUACUUUCAAGAUUUUGUAAUUUGCAAAGUUUCUGGCAACAAAGAACUAUGUAGAAUCAGUAUUUUCAUGGCCUACAGGUGGAAACUUUUUUUCAUGUAAAGGGUAAUGGAAUUAUACACCAAUCACUAUUACAUCUCUGUUAAAAAUAUGUAUAUUUUUAUAUUGAAAUUGUACAAUAUAUAAUCUGCCUAACAGAAAAGUCAACAGGAUUUUUAUUUUCUGAAUGCUUUAGUGCUAAACUUAAGUGCCCUUUUCAUAAGAAGAAAAUUGUGCAUGAAAAACUUAUGCACAAUUACAUUUUUAACAGCUAUAUUUUUGAUUGACAAAUUGCCUUCUAAAUUUUUUUAGGUAGAUGAAGAUUUAAAAAUUUGAUAUGCUUUCUAUUUUUAUGGAGAAUAAUUUAAAAAUGGCAAUUUUUUAAGCCACUGACUAAUAAAAUCAAGUUAGCUAGUAGUUAUUUUGUUAAUAACAUCAAGUGUGACUAUUAUUUAUUACUUGUAUAUGUGAUAAUUUUUGAAAUGUUAAAUUGUAUAUUGUACCUUUUGCACUUAUGUUACUGUAUUGUACUUCUGAUAGCUCUAUUACUGGUUUAUAUUGCUUUAGUUAACUAUCUGAAAAUCUUUUAAGUGUUUAUGUGACCUAACAAGAGCAUAUUAUAUAUCUGUUGAUUGUCUCAUAUACUAAUGAUAGGCAAAAUCAUACUAUAAAGUUUUAAUCACCCUAAGUCAAUUUACAAUCAAUGAAAAUUUCAUUUUAGACACUAAAAAUUACAGUACUAUUAUCCUGUUUUUCCCAAGCAAGAAAUAUGAAUUAUUUUGCUCUAUUGUCUGUAUCAUUUUUGUCUUCUUCAGGUGCUAUGAAAAACAUUUUAUAUUAUUGCUUGCCUUGAGAUUAUUUAUAGAGGUUCAUCAUGAGAAGAGUUUAUACCUCUUCAUCAAUAGUUUGAUAUAUAUAUAUUUACCUAUUGUGAUCUGUGCUUUUGGUGGUAUAAGGUUAGGAGAGCUAUGUCCUUGCUGUCCCUUGCCCAGAGAUUUACUCUUAUGUACUUUUUAUAUAGUUGUACUGUUCAUUUUGGCUUCUGGGAUGAAAAUAUUUACUAAAGAUUAAAAACAAAACAAAACAAAUCCCCAAACAAACUGAAAUCUCUAGCUUUAUCUUACUAACUUUAAGAUUUUCCAAAGGGAUAAGAUAUUAAACAUACUAAUAAUUUCUUUGAAAAAUGAAAAUGGGAGUUUUUCCCAGUAUGACUCAGAGAAUACAUUUGUAUUAACACAUAUGAAAGUGUUACUGUGAUCUUUCUUGUCAGAUUAUGAAAGCAUUAUGACUUGUACCAAGUUUUCUUAUAUGUCAGUAUCACACAGGUUUUGAAGACAGAUUAGUAUUGUCUACAUGAUAUAUUUAUAUUUUAGUAUUUUCCUAUUUCCCUUUACUACAGGUGUACAUAUGUGUGUAUUAAAGAGGUCUGAGAAAUAGAACAGUGUUAGUAAUUUUAUUUGUGUAGAUGAAACAUUUUUUGUCACGGAUUUUAAAGUUAAGUACAAUAAAAUGUUAUGU